CAAUGUAGCCCUUCAAUAUGGCCACCCUAAAACGACCUUCGAAGGACAAAGACAUUGUUGGGAGGUUCAUGCCCGAUGGUCGUUGCAAGAAGCACCCUAAACACCGUCAAUCCCCUGGCGUAUGUUCUCUUUGUUUGAACGACAAGCUUUCUCAACUAUCUUCUUCUUCCUCUUCCUCCUCCUCCUCACGUAAAACAACCUCCACUUCUUCUUCCUCUUCUUCUUCUUUGUCCUCUUAUUACUCCUCUUCCGCUUCUUCCUGUGCUUCUCCCACGCAUGAUCCUUUCCCUUUUCCCAACGAGGCAAAGAGUGGCUCUUCCGCUUCCAUCUUUCUAUUACGUGGUGGACUCGUCAAGAGUAGGUCAAUGGCUGUUGUUCCCAGAAGAAAAGAAGGUGAAGGUGGCGUUGGUGAUGAGGAUGAUUGUAAUAACAAGAGUGUUAAGAAAAGUGGGUUUUUGUUCAAAUUGCUUCAUCCUAAAAGCAAGAGAAUGGAGGAGAAGGGAUCUAAGUUGAUUCAUACUAGGUCUCUAAUAGAAACCGUGACAUAGUGAUAAUCUUUUAUUCUUCUCUAAUUAAUUAAUUAGCAAUUCUUUCUUUCAUUUUUUUUCCCACCCUUUACAUUUUGGGUGGAUAAUAUAGUGUUACUGAUGAAUAUUAGUUCAUCUCUCCAAUUUCUUUUCUACAAAAGCAGAAAGAAAAUAGAGAUCUUGUUUUGCAUAAUCAUAUGCAUGUGUAUUUUUGUAAAUAGAUUGAUGAAUACUUUUUGGAUCGUUGGAAAGAAUAAUAUAAAACAUAUU